AUGGCAUUGAAAUUCACCCUGUUGUUUUUGCCACUGUUGGCUCACAUUGUAAAUACCCAGCAGCCUGCAACUUUUGAUAUCGGAAAGUAUGGUGGCAAACCUAAUGCAAAUAUCCACGAGGCUCUAUCAAGUGCUUGGAAAGAGGCAUGUGCAGCUACAACUCCAAGCACAGUUGUGGUACCAAAAGGCACAUUUUUGUUAAAUCAACUGAAAUUGGUAGGCCCUUGUAAGGCACCUAUCGAGCUUCAAGUCCAGGGCACCAUCAUAGCCCCUUCAGAUUAUACUCUACUGCCCGACAAGAACGAAGAAUGGAUAACCAUAAAUUAUGUCGACCGUUUGACAAUAUCAGGUGGUGGAAUUUUUGAUGGCCAAGGUAAAGAAGCAUGGACCAAAAACGAUUGCGGGAAAAAUCCCAAAUGCGCCAAACUUCCUUUGAAUUUGAGCUUCAAUUUCAUCACCAACUCAAUCAUUCGUGAUGUGACAACUAAAGACAGCAAAAAUUUUCACGUCAAUGUAAUAGGAUGUAAGAAUGUUACAUUUCAACAAUUUACGGUGAGUGCACCAGGUGAUAGUAUUAACACAGAUGGACUCCAUAUUGCCAAGUCAGAAGGGAUAAAUGUCCUGGACUCCGUUAUAAAAACAGGAGAUGAUUGCAUCUCUAUUGGUGAUGGUAUGAAAGAACUCCAUAUUGAAAGGGUAAUUUGCGGACCAGGCCACGGCAUAAGCAUAGGGAGUCUUGGAAAGGAUGUGACUGAAGAAGAUGUGACGGGAAUAUAUGUUAAGAACUGCACAUUCAUUGGCACACAAAAUGGUAUUAGAGUGAAAACAUGGCCUUCUGCCCCGGCAAAGCUCCAGAUAACAGAUUUACACUAUGAAGAUAUUAUUAUGGAUAAUGUUGAAAAUCCUAUCGUCAUUGAUCAAGAAUAUUGCCCGUGGAAUCAGUGCAAGCUAGACUCUCCCUCUCUCAUCAAGAUCAGUAAAAUGUCUGUGAAAAACAUUAAGGGUACGUCGGCAACUCCUGUUGCAGUAUCAUUUGUUUGUAGCAAGACCGUACCUUGCGAAAAUGUGGAGAUGGGAAAUAUUGAUCUUGCAUACCGUGGAAAUCAAGGCCCUAUCUCAACUAAAUGCACCAACGUCAAGCCCACUUUUGUAGGCAAGCAGAAUCCACCAAUUUGUGCCAAUGCUGCACAGUCUUCUUAA